AUGAAAUUGUUUGCUAUUCUCGUACUACUUGUCCUAUGUAUCGGUGCUCUAAACGGUGCCGAAAGUAGAGCCCGACAAUCGGCUAAUUCAAAAAAUAUAUACAAUUUUGCCGACAAAGUUGUAUUGACUACCGGUUCAAGCAGUGGUAUGGGCGCUGAAAUUGUCAAAUUGUUUUCACAAUUUGGUGCCAAAGUAGUGGUCACCGGUAGAAACGCUGCGGAUAUACAACGAGUGGCCAAUGAAUGCCAAAAUCUAUCGCCAAAAAAACUAAAGCCGUUACAAGUGGUGGCCGAUGUUUCCAAUGACAAACAAUUGGCUGAUUUGCUAAAGAAAACAAUCGAUACGUACGGAAAGUUAGAUGUGUUGGUCAACAACGCCGGUAUUGGAGGGAUGACACCGAUAAGAGACCCUAAAUUUAUGGCUAAUUUUGAUAAGAUUAUGUCAGUUAAUCUAAGACCUUAUGUUCAGCUCAGUUAUCUGGCAGUUCCUCAUUUAAAGAAAACUAACGGCACUAUUAUUAGUACAUCGAGCGCUUUGACAAUGGCACCGGCAAAAUAUCAAUUGCCUUACAUUAUGUCUAAAUCGGCUGUCGAUAUGAUGACCCGUGUGUUGGCACUGGAAUUGGGACCUAAAAUACGUGUUAAUACUAUUAAUCCCGGAGUUACUCUGACAAGCUUUCAUAAUAUUAAGGGUAUGGAUCCGUCUAUAAUACAGGCUAUGAUGAAAUUGAUUGCCGAACGGACACCAUUGAAACGUUUGGGUCAACCCAUGGAUAUGGCUAAGGGUGUGGUAUUUUUGGCCAGUGACCAGGCACAGUUUAUGACCGGUAUUAAUCUGGUUAUUGAUGGCGGUUUACAUUAUACUAUGGGUGAAUUAAUUUAA